AUGGUGGUGAAACAGCAAACAAAGGUUACUAUUCGACGAUUGCCGCCUGAUUUGACCGAAGCUGAGCUCAAAGACAUAAUAGGCCAUCUUCCUCCUCAUGAUUACUUCAAAUUUCAUAAAGCGGAUCCCUCCCUUGCCCCUGCUCACACAACCCGAGCUUAUAUUAAGUUCGUUAACUUUGACGACGUAAUAGAGUUUCGUGAUAACUUUGAUGGUCGAAUCUUUGAGGAUAAGCGUGGAAAUGAGUACAUGGCGAAUGUGGAGCUCGCGAUCUCGUCGUUAGUCCCGCGAGGAAAGAAACGAGAGGACCAACGAUGCGAUACAAUCGAAAACGAUGAAGAUUAUCUAGAGUUCAAGGAAGCUUACGAAGCAGAUAAACCAGAAGUUCAACAGAUAAACAUCGAAGAAUACCUAAAGGAAGCAGCUGCAAAGGAAGAAGAAAGAAAGAAACCAAUGUCGACUCCUCUGAUCGACUUCGUUCGAGCUAAGAAAAAGACGAAGCGUCGGGACCGCGAUGAAAAACGAAAAGAAGAACGUAAAAAGCGUCGUGACGAAGAGCGUCGGCAAAAGCAAAGGGAGAAACGUGAGCGCAAUGAUCGCAAGAAAAAUGUGAUUGAAGGGAAGACAGAAGAAAAUAAACAAUCAGGUCGACAGCCAAGGCAGCAGAGGAAUUCAGAAAGCAGACUUGAUGGCAACAUUGACGACGAUAGACCAAAAGAAAGCUCGUCUGGCCCGAAAGGAGGGAGAACAGCGGCGCGAGAAAAGCGCAAGCGCGAAUUCGAGGAAAAAAGAAAGGCAAGAAUUGCAAAACAGAAGGAGGGAGCUUCAGCGUCAACUUCAGCCGACCCAGCAUCCCAGACAGAUUCAAAGCCAGUUGAUUCAAAACCUCAACCCAAGCCAGCUCGCGGCGAAGGUCAGUCAAGACGAUACUCUCGUCGCAAAGAAGCUAGAGCCUCGGCUAAGCCAGAAAACUCUUGA